AUGGCGAAUUGGGUAAGUGCAGGGAGGUCUACCUCCACAAUGAUGCGUGCAACACUGAGGAAAACAACAAAAUCAGCAUCACCAAGUACAAGAAUUUCGGUUUCUCCAUUUUCUUCAAUUCGUCUUCCUAAUUUAACUCUCCGUUGUCAUUCCCGCAUUUCGUCUUCGAGAUUGGUGCGUCGAGAAUUGAGCUCACUUUUUCCUGUCCACAGCGCUAUCGCUUCUGCAUGUCUUGUCUCUAAACUCCCUAACGAAGUCAGUACCUCCUCUGAAGGCUUUGCACACUCCAAUGCUUUCAGAAAACAGUUGGCUCUAACUGAUUACCAGGUCCUGUAUACAAUCCUCGCUUGCAAGUUGCAACAAGGCAAGGAACGGAACGAUGAUCAUGUCACAUACUCAUAA